AUGAGCGUGGAAGGACAGAGCUGCAGACAGAGCGGGCGUGCUGGGCAAACAGGCGCCCCGGGCGGCGCCCGCUUUUCGAAAAGCCCCGCAUCCGAAAGCCCUGUUAAAGUGUACCGAAACAAAAGAGGCGAGAGGGUUUUCAGAGUGGCGAAUCUCCUCGAGGUGAUGGAGAGCGCGCCCAAGCAGGUGGAGUCUCUUAUUUCAGUGCGCUCUCUUCACACAAGCGCAGAGGCUGCGCGCAGCGAGGCGCUGUCCAAGCUGUGCAUCUUCUGCGACCAGCAAGUGGAUGCAAGCGUCUCCGUGAUACUGUGCACAAAGUGCAUUAAGGGCACGCAGGGUGCGCCUUUCGGGCCUGCCAAAGAUAGAUAG